UCUCUCUCAUAGGCAUCCUUUUCAUACUUCAGAGAUGGCGAAGAUCCGUCUGAUCUUGAGCCUUCUCAUCUUUGCAUUUGCUACCUUUGAUGGUUGCAUUGCAACGAGGAAGUAUGUGGGGAUGUAUGAGCUUAAGAAAGGGAAUUUCUCUGUAAAGCUCACUAACUGGGGUGCAACUGUUGUAUCGGUCAUUCUUCCGGACUCGAAAGGGAAUUUGGCUGAUGUUGUUCUUGGAUUUGAUAAACUUGCACCGUAUGUUAAUGACACAACCUAUUUUGGGGCCAUCGUUGGGCGGGUCGCAAAUCGAAUUGGUGGGGCCCAGUUUAGCUACGAUGGGAUUCAAUAUAAAUUAGUCCCUAAUGAAGGGAACAACAUGCUUCAUGGUGGACAUAGAGGAUUUAGCAAGGUCAUCUGGACUGUUAAAAGGCAUAGUCAUGGGGAAUUUCCUUUUAUCACAUUCACUUAUCACAGCUUUGAUGGUGAACAAGGCUUUCCCGGCGAUGUUGAUGUGUCGGUCACUUACAAGAUCGUUGGACACUACAAACUGGCUGUUUCAAUGAAAGCUAAACCACGAAACAAGCCCACCCCGAUCAACCUCGCCCAGCACACCUACUGGAACCUCGCUGGCCAUAACAGUGGUAAUAUCCUAUCAAACACCAUCCAGCUCUUCGGUUCUCACAUCACUCCGGUCGACGACUCCCUCAUCCCAACCGGCAAGAUUGUGCCGGUUAAGGGCACACCAUACGAUUUCAUGAAGCCCAACACAAUCGGCAGCCGGAUCGACAAGCUCCCCCAUGGGUAUGACAUCAACUACGUGCUCGAUCUGCCACUGAGCCGCCACCACCUCAGGAAGGCAGCUGUGCUGAAGGAUAACAAGACUGGUAGGAAGUUGGAGCUGUGGACUAAUCAGCCCGGCUUGCAAUUCUACACUAGCAACAUGUUGGAUGGUGUCCUUGGCAAGAAUGGCUAUGUGUAUCAGAUCCAUGCAGCGGUUGCUUUGGAGACUCAAGGAUUCCCAGAUGCAGUGAACCACCCCAACUUUCCUUCACAGAUUGUGAAACCUGGGAAGGUUUACAGUCACCACAUGUUGUACAAGUUCUCUUUUGAGUAGGAAGGUGAUUGGUGUUGGGAUGUGUGGCUGAGAACUUGGGCGCAUAUGUUUAUAUGUUUGGACGGUUGAGAUUGGUUUUAAGUUAUCUUUUCAUGGUA